CAGUAAAUCAUGUAAUUCCCGUAAUUCAUAAUAAUACUACACAAAUCUGUGGAUGGUCAUGGUUAUUUUUACCAAGAAAUAAGGCGAAUUUUUAUGUUUUUAGUAUGUAUAAACAAGUUUGUUUAGAAUGAAUGAUGGAGUGAUCCGGCGCAGACCUCCAGUGUUUUGUUGUAUUUGCUAUCGUUUGUGCGCUGUCUGCUUUCAAUGGUGCUUUUGAGAGUGAAUUUAUUUGAUUUCUUGGCCUCUUAUUAUUAUUCUGAGUAGCGAAAUUUCGAGAAUACAUCCUGCUGACGAUCAACUAAGUGUGAUUUGAUUAAAUGUCAUGGGUGAUGUGCUGAUGAACAGAGGUGCAUCCGUGCGCCCGGAGUUUGCUGUCCGGGAGGUGAACAGGUCAGGACUUCUCAGGACUGAGGCCGAGUUCAAGGGGUUUGACGACAAAGCUGGCACCAACUAUGUAUAUCCCAGGAGCACGGAUAAAUACCCAUUUCGGGAGUAUCAGUAUAAAAUAUGUAUGGAGGCAUUUUUCCAAAACACCCUCGUUGUGCUGCCGGAUGGACUGGGGAAGUCAUUUAUAGCCUCGGUCGUAAUGUACAACAUUUAUCGGUGGUAUCCAAUGAGCAAGGUAAUUUUCCUGAGCGCCAGUAAAUCCGUUCUGAAGGGACAAAUGGAAGCGUGUUCAAAUAUAAUGAACAUCCCAAGGGGAGAUUGCGUGGAAAUCACAGGCAAGACUCCAUCGGCACGGCUGGACAUGUGGAAGAGGCAUCGGGUGAUAUUUGGCACACCACGUCAGAUGUUGUCGGACUUUAGGGAGCUCCCGGACAUACCAUUUGUGCGGAUCAAGCUGCUAGUGGUCACGGAGGCGCACAAAGCACGUGGAAACAAUAAUCCCUAUACACACAUUAUUGAACUCCUUGGUGAGCGAAAUGAAUAUUUUCGCAUAUUGGCUCAGACGUCGGUGAUGGCCAAGAAAGCCACUGAAGUGGUGGACGUUGUGAAGAAUCUGCGAAUAUCGAAUUUGGAAAUUCGACAUGAAAGCUCUCCCGAUAUUGCGGCAUAUGUUAGCAAGAGCAGCGUCAGACCGCUUGAGGCGGAGGCGAGAGAGCAAUUCCGAGCGAUUAGAGAUGAAUUCCUCAGUGCCAUUGAUCCAUUCUUGCGCGCUGUGCUCGUCAAUGUCAACGUGUCUGGCUCUCUCUCGAAGGCAAAACUGACGACGGCAAAGAAGAAGUACAUUGAGACAAGUUUGACUCAAAAGCCAUCGAAUUAUACUGAAAUCCUCUCUAAUAUCGAUGUCUGCAUCGAACUUUAUCAUGCAGUGGAACUAUUGAAUGACUACGGAGUGGUCAGCUUUCUGGCUCAUCUCGACAGUGAGUCAGUGCAGAGGGGAACAAGAAUCGGAGGUGAGAGCCUGAGGAAGCUUAUGCAGGAGCUGAAGAAUACUUUUGCAAGAUGCUUGAGGGCGAGUGAAAUGGAUAAUUUCAAGUUGAAUGAAGAGCUGUACGACAAUAUCAUCGCAGGACAUCCAAAGAUCGCUGUGGUGGAAAAAGUUCUGAUGGAACAUUUCCAGAAAAAUAUGGAGUCACGCCUCAUAAUAUUUAGCAAUUGUCCUAAGACAACGCCACUGAUACAUCAGUGUCUGCGGCAAAAAUGUCCUCAACUGCGAUCUGUGAGCUUUCAGCCGCAUGAGAUGAGUGAGAGCGAAAGAAAUUGCACAAGAUUGAAAUUUAUCCGUGGCACCAUAAACACCAUCAUAACCGCCAGCAUACCAGACGAGGGUGUUGUGAAUGAAGUGGAUUUAAUAAUUUGCUACGACACAAAUGGGCGGCAUCUGAAGCAAUUCAUAAGGAGUCGAGUGUCAUCGUGUGGUGGGAAAAAAUGCCAAAUACUUGUGGCUGUGCAUGAGGGGGCCGACACGCUGGCCCAUAGUGAAUUGUGGCGCGAAAGGGGUGAUGUGACUGGGGAGAUCGAUCGGAAUCCUAUUGUAAUGGAAGCUCUGGCGUGUGCAACGCCUCGAUUAGUGCCUGUUGAGUUUAAUCCGGUGAAUUUAACACCCUCGCUGGGCGGAAAGGGUGAAAAAACGAAGGGUGCAGCGCGCAAUAUUGUUGAUUACUUCAAAAAUGUGCCACUGAAGAGCUCACACCAACCCCAGGAGUGCGGGGAUAGCGAUGAGAACGACAUUUCCGUGGUCCUCGCAUCACCAGCGAGUGAUGUCAUUCCUGUGCUCACCUCGAUGCCAUUGGAUAUGAUUCUGCAGCGGGUGGAGAAAUUGAAGAGCGAACAAUUCUCCAAUGUUCAGGAUGGCAAUCUAGACAAUAUCAUCCGAGGAAGUCAUUUAGUGCCACACGCCAAGGAAUUUUUCAGGGAACUGCUCGAGCGCCACCGAAAAGCGCGCAGUGAGGCGCCAGCGGGAUUCUUUGAAUUGCUGGAGAAAGAUGUGGCCACCAGUCAACAUCGCGUUGAUUACUUCGCCUCAAUUCUCGAGAAUGUUAUGAAGAAGCUCAACGGUUGUGCAUCGUGGGAGAUGGCGGGAAUAAGUGAGGAGCAGGAGGAGAUAAUAUUCGACGUUUCUGAUCUCAACACGGGCUUCAUAGACGCCCACAGCACGCCUGAGGAUGAUGACCUGACGCGCAAAUCAAUUUGUGGUGAGACAAUUUUGUCAUUCUACCUAAUAUCAUCGUUAAGUGAAUUGUUCGAGAGCAAUGGAAGGUGUGAUGAGUCGGAUAUGCGGACGUGUAAAGAUGGAAUGCUGAACGAAAUUGCCCAAGAUAUAUCACAUGAUGAUGUGUCAGAUGGUGAGGAGGUGAUUCCCUGCUCGCAGGAAAAUGUACCACUGGGUCGAAAUCGUAGGGCACAAGGUUGCCCGGUGGCAAGGAAGGCAGACGUUGGUCAUGGUACGGAGGUUGAGAGUAAUCCAGGAUUACAAUUGUGCUCAACAUCAUCCAGUGACUCUGACAAUAAAUUCAAUUUGGGGAGCAUUGAAGAUAUAUUCAACGGCAAUGGGUGUAUUUUUGAGCGGGAUCUGCUGGGAGUUUCCACCCCACCACCUCAGAAUGAUGAAUAUACGGAGGAAUUCACUUCACCGUCUUUGUUGAGUGGCAGGAGCGUGAACUCCCGAUUGAAACACUCCAAUAACAAUACUGAUGAUUUGCCAAGCAAGACAAACUCCGUAUGCACCACCCUGUCCCGGGGAAUAUCUGAGCAAGGCAGCAGUGAAGUUUUCGCCACAUGCCAGGAGGCGGAGGAGGGCGAUAUAUCGAAUACGCAGCAUCACGAGUUCAGCACUUGUCGUGCUUUAAAUUCACAAGACGUGGCAGAGACUCAGGAGUCAAGGAGUAGUCGAAGGCAACCUCAGCCUGCGUUUAUCCAUUUCGAGGCUGCCGGUUCGGGAGAUGACGAGGAGGAUGAGGAUGAUACUUGCCUGUUGGACUCCAUUGUCGUGAGCAGCGAUGAGGACGAGCAACUGGAGCAGCUCGAUAUAGAGAAUGAUAUGCAAGCGAAGUAUCUCCAGUCUGUGCGGAGUCCAACCCGUAAUGGAUUCAGGAUACCACAUCCGGACAAAUACCGGAACAUCACAGAUGUAUUCUCGCAGACCCAGCCACCAGAGGUUUCGGAAUACAUCUACGACAGCUUCGUGGUGGAAGAGGCGGAUGAGUCUGACAGUGAUUUGUCGGUUCUGAGCCAAGCGGAGGCAAUAUUACGAGCACGCAAGAGGUUGAAAAGAUCCCGGGGUCGUGGGAAAAAAGCGAAAAAGUCACGAAUUCUCGCCAUUGACGACAGUUCGGAAGAUGACGACCUGAAUGAAUUACGACGGCAGGCUGGGAUGAGUCCAGAAAAGAGGUAGCACAGUUUACUCGAGAUUUUCUGUUUUUCUCUCAUCAUCUUGUACAUUAUAAUACACAGAAUACACUUAUAUACACAUUUA